AUGUCUCUCCUUCAGGAACGCAAGGCGAGCGGUACCCCGCAGUAUGACCCUCGCAAGCCUUCAGUAACUUCGAUAUUGCCAAAUGGGGAUAUUCCAAAUUUCGAGGGCCUCACAGCGGACGAGGCUGCGCUCGUUGCGCUUGGUUAUAAGCAGGAGUUCAAACGAGAGUUUUCGUUGUGGACAACAUUUUGUGUAUCCUUCGCUGUUCUGGGACUGUUGCCGAGUUUCGCGAGCACCUUGUACUAUGGAAUGGGGUACGCUGGACCGGGAGGUAUGGUUUGGGGUUGGCUCAUCUCAUGGUUCUUUAUUCAGUGUGUUGCUAUGAGUAUGGCCGAGUUGUGCUCAAGUAUGCCAACAAGUGGUGGAUUGUACUAUGCGGCAGCGGUUCUUGCUCCUCCAGGAUAUGGCCCUUUUGUGGCGUGGAUCACCGGGUGGUCGAACUGGAUGGUUCAAGUGACGGGUGCGCCUUCUGUCGAUUAUGCUCUUUCUGCGAUGAUCUUAGCCGCAGCAUCUAUCACUCAUCCUUCUUACGUGCCAACGGACUACCAAACCUUCCUGUUAACGGUGUUUGUGAUGUGUAUCCAUGGGUGUAUCUCGAGUAUGCCUACGCUUUGGAUCGCGAGGUUCAACUCUGUCGGGUCAACUCUAAAUAUCAUCGCUCUUUUAGUGGUCAUUAUCAUGAUUCCGGCGUCUGUAACUGGAUCGGACACUCAUCCCAAAUUCUUUCCCUCAAAGGAAGUCUGGUCAGUUCAAAAUGGGACGGACUGGCCUGAUGGAAUUGCAGUUCUCAUGAGUUUUAUUGCAAUAAUUUGGACAAUGUCAGGCUAUGACGCGCCAUUCCAUCUCUCAGAGGAGUGUAGUAACGCAGCAAUAGCAGCACCCCGUGCCAUUGUGCUGACUUCUGGCAUCGGAGGUCUUGCUGGGUGGGCUCUUCAACUGGUAGUUGCCUAUACUGUGGCAGAUAUCCCAGCAGUUCUAGAAUCGGAUCUCGGCCAGCCCUGGGCCUCUUACCUCGUCCAGGUCAUGGGUCAAAAGACGGCGCUAGCAAUAUUGUCGCUCACAAUCAUGUGCGGUUUCUUCAUGGGCCAAGGGUGUAUGGUUGCAGCCUCUCGAGUUACGUUCGCGUAUGCAAGAGACGAUUGCUUCCCAUUCUCCUCUUGGAUCAAGCAGGUAAACAUGCACACGUUUACACCUGUCAAUGCCGUCUGGUUCAACACGGUUAUCGGUUGUGCUUUACUACUCCUUAUCUUCGGUGGAUCUGUGGCCAUUGGAGCAAUAUUCUCGGUGGGGGCCAUUGCGGCCUUUGUCGCCUUUACCAUCCCGAUCUUCAUUCGAGUAUUUUUCGUCGGCGACCGUUUCCGAAGAGGACCAUGGCACCUAGGCAAAUUCAGCAAGCCAAUCGGUUCGAUGGCCUGUGCUUUCAUUCUUGUGAUGAUGCCCAUACUCUGCUUUCCGUCUGUUAGAGGAAACAAUUUGACCGCCGAGUUGAUGAACUGGACUAUUGUGGUGUAUGGUGUUCCGAUGUUCUUUGUUAUUGUCUGGUGGUUCGUGUCGGCGCACAAAUGGUUCAAAGGCCCGAAGGUAAACGUUGAACACGCCAUUCAUGAAAGGGAGGUGGUGGAGGGUAUCGAGCACUCUUCAACGAGUGAUGAUCACAGCAUUCCCGACAAGAAAGCCGACUUAGCAUCGGGUUCGGCACCGGCCCCGAUGGAGCUGAGAUAA